AUGAAGCGUUUGGCUCUCCCAAUAUUGGUUCUCUGUUUGACCAACCUUGUGGUUGCAAAGAGAUCCAUGGGAAAAUAUCCCUCUAAACGAGACAUCCGAAUGGGCAUGAUGACCGUCCCAUGGGAAGAAGGGAGAUCGCCCAGUGGCAACCUUGGAGGGAGUUCCAAUGGCGGCGGAAUGCCUGGAGCACCUGGAGAAUCGGAGUCAGGUGGGUCACCUGGAGAUCGUGGACCCCGUGGAUUUGGGUCAGCUCCUCAAGCAUUUCGUGGAUCUUCUCAACCCGAUGAACUACCUAGGUCAGAGAUGCCAACUACACCUUCUGGAGAUGAAUCAAAGUAUUUUUCACCCGUUAAUGAGCCCGAUGAGUAUAGUAGGUCUGACCUCUCUACUCCCACCACUAACUCUACCAAAUCGUCAGCAUCUGUUAGGUCGGACGAACAGGCAGUACCAAACACACGUCCCAAAAGAAGUCCUCCUGGGCUACCUACGACGGAGUCCACACCACACACUGGGAAGACUGGAAGUGGUUAGGAACCUACCGAAGGCCACUGGCACUGAUGUGGGAAAAGAUAACCUUAAAAGAAGAUGACCACAAUUUAUGAAAACGGUCUAAUAAAAACAUUAUUUGAACCAC